CUGGGUUUUGUUUCCUCUACAGGACACCAGGUCCUGGGCGAGAGAACUUGGCAGCCUCUCCCCAUGGCGGUCUUAUUCCUCUUCCUUCUGUUCCUAUGUGGAGCCCCCUGGUCUGCUGCAGACAAUAUCCAGACCAUCUUUGUAGCCUCGGGGGAGGUGCUGGAGCUGCCAUGUCCCUUACCGCCCACCCUGAGUGGAGAUGAACUCCUAUCCUGGUUCCACAGCCCAGCAGCAGGUUCCUCCACUGCCCUGGUGGCCCAAGUCCAAGUGGUCAGACCAGCCCCAGACCUCGGGAAGCCCACCAGGGCAUCCAGACUCAAACUACUGGGGAACUUCUCACUGUGGCUGGAAGGGUCCAAGGAGGGAGACGCUGGUCGGUACUGGUGUGCUGUGCUGGGUCAGCACCACAGGUACCAGAACUGGAGGAUGUAUGAUGUCUCCGUGCUCAGAGGAUCCCAGCUAUCUUCGAGGGCUGCCGAUGGAUCCCACUGCUCUGUCCUCAUGUGCUCUGUGGCCCCUGCCAGACGCCUAGACUCUGUGACCUGGCUAGAGGGAAAGGGUCCUGUGAGGGGCCGUGUACAGUCAUUUUGGGGCGAUGGGGCUGCCCUGCUCUUAGUGUGUCCUGGGGAGGGACUCUCUGAGUCAGAGGAACAUAGAGCAAGAAUCAUCCGCUGCCUCAUGCCUCACAACAAAGGGGUCAGCUUUAGCUUGACAGCCUCCACGGAUGCCUCCCCUGCCCUCUGUGCCCCUUCCACGGGCUGGGACGUGUCCUGGAUCGUGAUGCUCUUGCUCACAGUGGGUCAGGGGUUCACCAUCCUGGCCGUCAGCAUCGUGCUCUGCAGACAGAGGGCCCAGGGGACUCAGUGCAGAGGUGCCUCAAUUCCUCAGUUCAAACCUGAAAUCCAGGUCUAUGAGAACAUCCAUUUGGCCCGUCUCAGCCCACCUGCCCCCAAGAUCAAAUGAUCUCCAUGACAUCUGCUGGAAGUGUGAUCUGCUGUCCCUCUGGCCAUCUGGCACCUGAGGCUUCGCCUGAAAACCUGGCAAGGAGGGGAAGGGCUUCGAGUGCUGCCCUACAGUCCAGCUGAUCUCCAGCAGUCACGCUGUUUGUGUGUGUGUGUGUGUGUGUGUGUGUGUGUGUUCAGGGGCGCUGAAGGAAAGCAAAGUAUUAUUCUGCGAUGUCACCUGUGAGAUCACAGGUGUGAUCUCCUGUUUCAUAGCAGCCAGUAAAGGGGUGGUCCUGAGCCCUCAGUACCAUGGGACUGAAGGGGAGCCCAGGGUGGCUGCUAGGGGGUGAGGAGGGGUGGGGAUGGGCAGAGAUGAGACAGGAGAAUCCAGAGAUUUGAGCAAUUCUGGAGAGUCAGUCUCAGGAAACCACUGGACAAAUGGAGGCAACUAAAGAAGAGAGAAGGGAAGGGACUCGAGUUAGAGGAAAGAGACAGGCAGGGAGAGAAGACAACAGAAGCACCAGGUGGGAGGACUGAAUGACAGAGAAUUGGAAGAAGACUCAGGUUGCCCUGAAAUUAAGCCCGACCAUCCCCCACCCCCAUCCCCCUCAUCCCUGCUCCGUCUCGUUUGCACAGAGAAGUGGAAGGAGAACACGCACCUUUAAUCAGACCUCAGACUUCCUCACACGGACAGGGAGGGCACUGAGUCAGGACGGGGUGGGGUGCACUCCCAGCCGCCCUCCUUAUCCUAGCACUUCCUGUGGCAUCCGGAGCCGAGCAGUGAGAGGCUUAUCAACAUCCUGACACCCUGGGAGGCCCUAGAGUCACAUGCUAUCUCUGGGGGUAGAGGGAGUGUCCACAGGGGUGGUGGGUGGAUUCCCUGGUGGGGUGUGUGCUGGGCUGUCUUUGAGCCAUGGACAAGCCUGAGCUGGUAGAACAGGGAAGGGCACCGAUGCUCCUAACUGGUCUGUUCCUGGUCUCAGGCAGAAAGGAGCCAGUGUCCCCCACACACCAUCGCAAGCAACUCCACCAGACACCCUUUUGUGUGUCUGCUCAAAUUUGGGCCUCACUGGAAGAAAUCUUUCUCAGAAGUGUCAUCGAAAGCCGCCAUGCUACAGGGGCUCAAGCUAAGCUAUUAGCAAGAAGGAGGACGCAAAUGACACAAAGGGAGAAUGAGGUGAAAGUUACAGUUCAGGUCCCAGCAGCCCAGCCCAACCCACCAGGCAGCUCUAGUUUGCUUUUAAAGAGAGAGAGGUAGGGAGGGAAAGGGAGAGAAAGAGCGCACACACACACACACACACACACACACACACACACACACACGGCAGUGUCCUAGACUCUCAGAUAGCACUUUUAUUAAAUUUACUCUUCACAGUUCCCCCCAAGAACCUCCUUCCUGAGUUCCUGAACUGCCAAAUUAAUCUUUCCUAGCAACACUGUCGUCCUCACCAUACCUGGUGCCCCUUCAGUCCCCUUGCCUGGGACCCCCAGCUUCAUCAAACUGCCUACCUUGACCAAGACCUGGAGCUGAGAUAGGGCAUCAGCCGUGGGCAUCUAGAAAAGACAAAAGACCUAGAACAGAUAUUGUUUAUGAGGCGGGGCUCUGGGCAGGUGCCUAUCCAGGCUAGAGUGGUGCCCACAGGAACCAGACCUUGGGAGGGGUCUGGGAAGGUGUGAGGCUGGGAAUCAGAGUUCUCUACAGAAUCAGGUUCUUGGGCAUAUCUCAGAUGCAGGGGUCUCGAGGGCGGUGAGGAGGGGGGCAGAGUCCUGGGUUGAAGACUGCAGAUUGGCUUGAAGCCAGCGGAGGAGGGGGCCUCCCCAGGUGAAGCUGGCUGCAAGGAGGAGCAGGGCGGCGAGUAGGGGGCUGGGGAGCGGCCGCAGCGUGGUGGCUGUGUUGCACAGGUCUUGCUCACAGCAGUGGUGCCGCAGAGCGUAGGAGCGUGACCAGUAGGUGGCAUGGCCCUGCAGAGGGCACUGGGCCCGUGGGAGGCAGCCCUUCCGCUCGAUGAUCUCAUUCUGCUCUGUGGGACAGAAUGAGAGAAUGCUGAGGUCCAGGCAGGAAGGAGGUAAGGGCAGUGGGGCAGCAGGAAAAGCAAGAUGGAUGGAUGGAGACUGGCCUAGAGAAGGGCCAUUGGGCCAGAGUCCUACCUGAGGUGCCAAUACUGAUGCCACAAGCUUCGUCCUCCUGACACUCGGUGGGAACCGGGUAGCAGGGUUUGGCAAAGCUGCAGGUGUAACAGCGGAGCCGACCUCGGGCAGGGGGCGGGGGCGUGGUGAGACCUGUGGGGGGGGGGGGCGGUUGGCAGAGGAAGAGGAGAGACAAAGAGGCCUGUGAGAGGCUGGAGCCCAGAUAAGGGAGAGAGAUUCAUGCAGAGCGGUGACUCACAAAGUGGGGAGAGGGAAGCGGGGAAAGGGAAGGAGAAGGGCAGACAGAAGUCGCAGAAGAGACACAGGGAAGGGAGGAGAGACAACUCAGGAAAAGAAAAAUCGCAGAGGCAAGAGGGAUCCAGAGGUUGUGAGAAACACACAGAUAUGACAGAAAACAAGAGAGUCAGAGACGAAGGCAGAGCGUGACACCAAAAGCCAGACCCAGGAAGGCAGGGUGGCAGUGAAAAAGUUAAGCAUAUGGUGCCCCAGACAGAGAGCAAAUAAGAAUUGACACUGACCGCAAGGUCCCUGCAAAGAAUCAAGAGGUGAGAUAAGGGAACAGGGGAGACAGAGGACAGAGGCAUGUCAAGAUGCUUCAAGGAAGAGAGAGUUAUUCAUUCUCAAAUGCCUUGGAAAAGAAACUUCUGGUUCCACCUUCUCCUGGCCUGAGGCCAUUCCCAGGAGCUCUUCUUUCUGAAGCCCAUGCAAAUCUCUGCUCAGCAUCCCCGCUUCUCCCACCUGCCCCCCCUUACCCAGUGCCUCACAGAGGAACAGGAUGCACAGGAAGAUGCUGGAGGGGCCCAUGGCUGGACCCAGGGCUCAGGAGUCUGGGAGAAUGUGAUCUGCACCCAGAGAUCCCGAGAGCUGGAGCAUCUGAGCGAGACAGGGAGGGACCAGUAAACAAACACACCUAGGGAGUGAAUCUGGGGGGUGGAACCGGGACCAGAUUCACCAGCCUGACGCAGUAGAGGCCCUGGUCCCGCAGCUCCUAUGUCCCACACCUCUCACAUCCUCCCUGCCCCCUACUUGAGUCGGCUAGAGCCUUCGGGGUCUUCUCUGUGCUGUGCUUUGUGCUUUCAGCUGUGUCUGCCGCUCCAGAGUUCUGUCUGGCACCUUCCCCCUCAUUCCUCCCCACCUCCCCUGGUCUCAAGCUGUUCUCGGCUCUUUCAGCUCAGUUCCCUGUCUUUGUUUGCUUCAUCCUUCCCCUCUCCGUGCACUGGAGUCUCUCAAGGUCACCCUCCGAGAAGGCCUGGCCCAGCAUUGUUUCAGCGUGGUGUCUGUAUGUGGAACCAACAAUGCCCUCUCCCACCCUUCCCUCCACACAAAGCUCAGCUGCAUAAGUGGGACCCCACCCAGCUUCACAUCCCUUUGAUCCCCCCAAGCCUCAACAUUUGUACCCUAUAAUUAUCUCUCCUAGUUUUACUACUGUGGAGGAAGGAAUUAAUCAUGGGUGGGGCCAGAGGGACAGAUGUGUUUCCAUUGGGGGGGGGGUUGCAGAAAGACUGGGAAGGAAUGCAGGGAAAAGAUUCAGGAGGUGAUGGUAGAUUCUGGAAAACUGAGGUUUAUGACCUUGAGGGAAGAGAGCCUGAUCUGGGGAAUCAGAGCAGGGAUGUAUCAGGAGUAAGAAAGGGGAGGGAGGAGGGCAGAGGAGACAGAUAUCCUUUUUUUUCUUUUCUUUUAAUCUCAGGACCUCUUUAUACUCAUAAACAUUACUGAAGGCCCGAAAGAGUUUUUCCUCUGUGUGGGUUAAUAUUGCUAUUUACUAUAGUAUUUACUAUAUUCAAAAUCAACACAAAGCGUUUUAAGUAGGUUUAUUUAAAAAUAAAAAUAAUAAAUCUAUCACAUGUUAACGAAA